AGAGAGAGAGAGCAGAGGGAGAGAACAGUGGGGAGGGAGCGCAGUACCGGGGACAGUUUUCUCUCCCACUCUUUCACUCUAACAUCAGAUACUAUGCUUAUCGCUUCGAGUGGCUGGCACUAGAACACAAGGGCAGCUGAACCCCCACGACCCCAUGAGUUUGGUUUGGCCUGCCAGUGAGUAGGAGUUCUACCUGAAUCAAGAGUUGAAGAAGAAGCACCCGAGACUAGUGGUGAGCUAGUCGCACCCCCGUCAGCUCUACGCAGCAUCUCCCCCUCCCUCUUCCUCAGCCUAAUCCCAUCAUCCUCUGCCUCACCUUUUCCUCGCGCCUCUUGUGGGGACCACCCGCCGCCAUGUCUGUCUUGGCCUGUCCCGCCCCCUCCCUCCUCCUCCUCCUCCUCCUCUUCCUCCUCCCACUGCCUCCCUGCCAGCCGGAGUCCCAGCGCAUCGACUCCAGCAGCGACCCCGAGUUCCCAGCGGUCUCUCCCUCCAUGUUCCCAUCCUCCUAUCCUCCUUCCAUGUCUUACGGUAACAGCAGCACGCCUGAGAAAAAAGAGAAGUGUGGGGAAGUGGCGAUGUGCAAGCCCGGCAUCCUGCUGCCCAUCUGGGAGCCCAACCGGCCUGGGCUCGGCCAACAGGUGGCCAGAGCUGUGGUCUACUUUGCGUCACUCAUGUACAUGUUCCUGGGAGUGUCCAUCAUCGCAGACCGCUUCAUGGCGUCCAUAGAGGUCAUCACUUCACAGGAGAAGGAGGUGACUAUCACCAUGCCUAACGGGGAAACAUCCGUGGCGACGGUUCGAAUCUGGAACGAAACAGUGUCCAAUCUGACUCUCAUGGCUCUUGGCUCCAGCGCUCCGGAGAUACUGCUGUCUGUUAUAGAGGUAUGCGGUCACGGCUUCCAUGCUGGUGACUUGGGACCAGGAACCAUCGUCGGCAGCGCCGCCUUCAACAUGUUUGUGAUCAUCGGGAUCUGCGUGUGGACGAUCCCCAACGGGCAGACCCGCAAAAUCAAACACCUCAGGGUGUUCUUCAUCACCGCCUUCUGGAGCAUCUUCGCCUACAUCUGGCUCUACCUCAUCCUGUCCGUCAUAACGCCAGGCGUCGUGGAGGUGUGGGAGGCUCUGGUGACCCUGCUGUACUUCCCAGUGUGUGUCAUCCUGGCUUGGAUCGCCGACCGCCGCCUACUCUUUUACAAGUACAUGGGCAAGCGCUACCGUGCCGACAAGCGCCACGGCAUCGUCGUGGAGACUGAGGGAGACUUGACACCUAACAAGGGCGGCAUGGAGAUGAUCAUAGACGGCAAGUUCCCAACACGAGGGGGCACCGUGCUUCCCGCCGAGAACUGUGGGGGCGGAACUCAGGACGGCACAGCGGGCGCUGCAUCCAACAACAUCGGUGCGGGGGCCAACCUGCCCAACUCCAACAGCGCCAUGGUCAACGUGGAGAGCAGCAGGGAACUGGACGAGAGCCGCAAAGAGGUGAUUCGUAUCAUAAAGGAGCUGAAACAAAAAUAUCCCGACAAAGAGCUGGACCAGCUGGUGGAGCUGGCCAACUAUUACGCACUGCUGCACCAACAGAAGAGCAGAGCCUUCUACCGCAUACAGGCGACUCGUAUGAUGAUUGGAGCUGGAAACGUCCUGAAGAAGCAUGCAGCCGACAACGCUCGCCGCACAGCCGUAACCGACGAGGAAGCACCAGAAGAUGAAGACCUGGGGAUAUGCAGCCGCAUCUCAUUUGAAAGUGCCCACAGUCAGUGCAUGGAGAACUGUGGCUUUGUGACACUGGCUGUAGUCUGCCAAGGGGGUCUGGGGGAGAACACCUUCUACGUGGACUACAGGACAGAGGACGGUUCAGCCAACGCUGGGUCGGAUUACGAGUACUGCGAAGGAACACUGGUGUUCAAACCUGGAGACACUCGCAGAGAUAUUAAGGUCGGUAUAAUCGACGACGACAUAUUCGAAGAGGACGAGCACUUCUUUGUGCGCCUGCUGAAUUUGCGCAUUGGCGACGCAGAAGGCAUGUUCGAGAGCGACGAAGUGGGUUCUGCCCCCAAAGCUCGCUUGGUUGAGCCCCUGGUAGCUAUGGUGACCAUCCUGGAUGACGACCACGCUGGUAUCUUCACGUUCAGCGAGCGCAUGGUGCGGGUGAGCGAGAGCGUGGGCACAAUGGAGGUGACGGUGGUGCGCAACUCAGGUGCCCGCGGCACCGUCAUCCUGCCGUACUACACCGAGUCAGGCACCGCCAAGGCCGGGGAGGACUACGAGGAGGCUAGAGGAGAGCUGGAGUUCACCAACGACCAGACCACUCAGACUUUCCAGGUCAGGAUAAUUGAUGAUGAGGAAUAUGAAAAACAUGAAAACUUCUUCAUUGUGUUGGAGGAGCCACGCUGGCUUAAGAGAGGAAUCUCAGCUCUGCUGCUCAACCAAGAGGGGGCGGAGGGGCAGAUGAGCUCCGAGGAGGAGGAGGCUCGCAAGAUAGCUGAGAUGGGGAAGCCGAUCCUGGGAGAGCACAGCCGCCUGGAGGUGGUCAUCGAGGAGUCGUACGAAUUCAAGAGCACCGUUGACAAGCUCAUUAAGAAGACCAACUUGGCCCUGGUGAUUGGCACACACUCCUGGAGGGAGCAGUUUGUGGAGGCGGUCACUGUCAGCGCAGGCGACGGCGACGACGACGAGGAGGGUCGCGAAGAGCGCCUUCCAUCUUGUUACGACUACGUCAUGCAUUUCGUCACCGUCUUCUGGAAGGUUCUGUUCGCCUGCGUCCCGCCCACAGAGUACUGGAACGGCUGGGCCUGCUUCUUAGUCUCCAUCUGCGUCAUCGGCCUCCUCACCGCAUUCAUCGGAGAUUUGGCGUCACAUUUCGGCUGCACCGUCGGGCUCCGGGACACCGUGACUGCCGUGGUGUUUGUGGCGUUGGGAACUUCUAUUCCAGACACCUUUGCUAGCAAAGUGGCCGCCAUGCAGGACCAGCACGCCGAUGCGUCUAUUGGUAACGUCACCGGUAGCAACGCGGUCAACGUGUUCCUCGGGAUCGGCGUGGCGUGGUCGGUGGCCUCCAUCUACUGGAAAAUCAAAGGGAAGGAGUUCAAGGUGGACCCGGGGUCGCUGGCCUUCUCCGUCACACUCUUCACCAUCUUCGCUUUCAUCUGCAUGGGGGUGCUGAUGUUCAGGCGCAGGCCCUCCAUCGGGGGAGAGCUCGGCGGCCCGAAGGGGGCCCGCCUCGUCACCAGCCUGCUGUUCCUGGGCCUGUGGUUCCUCUACAUCCUCUUCUCCAGCCUGGAGGCUUACUGCCACAUCAGCGGCUUUUAAACAGGAGAUGGAGAAAGCUCUGGAUGAAAAUAUUCCACAGCAACACACACACACACACACAAACAUAUAUACUUUAACACCCAGUCCAUACAGUUCACAGUUCGACAUGAAACAAGUGUAAGAUUCAUCUGUUUUGAUAGGGCUUGGAAGGGUCCUGGUCUUUGAUGCAGGGACACUAAAACACUUCAGAUAAAUGUUCACACACACACACACACACACUCUCUAUGUACGCAUGUGUAAACAGAUCAUAACAAACAUUUACAGGCAUGAUGAAGGGCAAGAAGAAGUGUUAGCGAGGGGCGAGAGAUGUGAAUGCAAAAGGUUACCGCAGCAAAGUUAGCAGAGAGAAGACGGAGAGAGAAAGAGAGUGAUUGUGAGGUUGAGAUUUUAGAGGUAUAAAGAAAGUAAGGUCCAGCCUCUGGAGUGCUGUGUUAUUAAUUGUAAAGUCAGAUGUGUUUAGGUUGGAGCCGAGGAGCUGUCCUGUAGGGUCAGACCACUAAUAGAGAAGAGGAACAGAAUCCUGUGCACACCACACUAAAUGUAUCUAUCGGAGUUUCACUGAAGAAACUUUAGUUUCCUACAACAAAAACCUGUCCUGCCCGCCUCUCCUCUGUAUUACUGUCUUUACUGGUACAGCUACACUGAGGGGGUGGAGCGUUGUGUGAAAAAAAAAAAAAGGAGUGGAAUGUUUACAAUAACAAUAUCAUUACGUUUGUUUACUACAGGAGGUUCGUAUAAAGUGGUGAUGCUUGUCUGAUACUCUGUAUAGAUGAAGGUGGUUCUCCACACGCGCUGUAAAUAGUUAAAACCAGUGUACUGUACAUAUAGAGUGUAGUGUUUUCAGUAGGCAGACAAUGCCUACCACUGACAAAGUUAGAGAGGGGGGGAAAUACGUAGCUACCAUUCUGUAUAGAGAGUCAAAUUACAUCGAAAAAAAACCCCCGUAAAAACAACAGUCAGGUCUACUGCUUCGAUGUUUUUAAAAAAUCCACGCGCAGACUGGAACGCCGCCCACAGAUCACGAACAUUAGUGAAGACAGCUCAACGAGCGUGGGUCAAUUUUUGGCUACAAACUAUUAGAAUGUCUUAGCCGACCAAACAGACGAAUGAUAAAACUGGUGAGAUAAAAGUGUAUGAAAAAGCCAUACAUCCCUAGCAUCCUGCGUUCCCGUCAGAUGUGUCUUUUUACCCGAAGGUUUCCGUGGUACCCAUAGCCCCUCUCUGACAGUAUAUCAAACUGACAGAUUAUUUCUUUUUUCUUUUUUUUUUGCAUGCAUGCAUAGCCAGAUAUUGAACAUCUUCACCCAAUAAGUCACAAAUAUACUUUGUGAAAUGGAAUAAUCAGAAUCCGCCUGUAAAUGACAUCCCUGCAUUUGUGUAGGCCGACGGGGAAGAGGUGAGGUGUUUGAUCUGAGAGGAACAAAAAGGACAUUUUCCUCCUCAGAAGGACCAUAUAUGUUCACUCACACACAUAAACACACAUUCGCUGUGUGGAGUGUAAUCAAAACACACGUGGAAACGUUGUUCGAAGCUUUUUUCUCCAUCCAGAUGGACUGAGAUCUGAGACACUGAACUGCAGUCAGUCGUCACCGUGGCAUCGUGGGUAGUAACAGAGUAAUCCAUUACUGUGGCAUGUAUCCUGACAGACUAAUCCUUUACCUUUUAGUGACAGCAGCACGGUCAGACAAACAUGCAUGGGUCAUCGAACAAGACUUAACAGUGUUAGUUUACUUUCAAGAGUAAAGCCAGUGAAUUACAAUGAGUCCUUUUAUAAACUGAAACAAUGGAUUCCAAUCAUCAACGUUCAGUCUACAGCAUAUUGAUAAGGACACAAGAUCCUAAUCCGAACUUUAAUUAGGAUGCAGGGUGCUAGUCCAUAUUACACUGAUGCUUCAAGAUGGCACCUAUACAAUGCCUUAAGGAAAACUCUCAAGUAAAAAUCUAGUAUUCAAGCUUCCGGCUGUACAAAGCUGCACUUUAUUUAAUGUAACUAAAACAUGCUGUGUUUUUCUUUUUCCUUUAGUCGACAAACUAUUAGCGUGCAAUACAUGAGUCCCUGGAGUAAAACUAUGAAGUGUCUAAAGUUUUCUACAUCAGGUUUCUUGUCCUGUGGAAAGGGAUUGUUGUAAUUCCAUCCCUGCCCAUCCACCUGUGCUUAGAGCACAAUAUGAGCAGAAGACAUUUUAAAGGAAAUACUUUCUGUUUUAUUGGAAGUCUGCACACUGUUUAAAAGAACAAACUAAGGGCUGUCAUCUAAUGUUCUUCAGAGUUUGUUUACAGUCUGUAGCUCAACAGCAGACAGCUGACAGUCGGCCUCAUCAGAGGUUCAAAUCUAAGACAGUUUCUGUAGUCAUAGUACCAUAGCAUAGGCAGUUUUCAGUGGGAAACGUUCAAGGCAUAUGUAUGCGUUGCUUAGUAUUGCAUGGCAGAGUUGGAACAUACAGUUAAAAGUGUUCACACGCUACAGAAACUACUGGCUGCUUAACAGAAAAAAAAAAAAAACAGAACGCACAACUAAAAACAGUACACACCAGUGUAAACUGCUGUGGACAUUUCAGGUUAAUUACUUUUAACAUUGAGCUACAUAAAGGUUAGAAGUCAGUGCAUGAAAAACAUGUCACAGCGAAUGAAGCGAGCAGUGUGCCACACCACAGUACGAUGAUAAAGCAGUUAACCAUGAGCUUAGACUAGAAGCUUCAAGAGGCCAGCUUUCCUCUUCUAAAGGAGGAAGAGUUGAUUCAUCAUCCCAGUCAGCGUUAGAAUCACUGUAAUAUUCACCGCCUAAUCUUAGUCACAUUAAAUACAUUGCACUUUGUGCUGCAGGUGCGUAGCAAACAUUCCACCCACAAAUGAUAAGUGCUAUACCAGUGGAAUUUGUUAUUACCGUUAUUACAUGCGAUAAUAUCAGAAAGAAUCGAUUCGUUUACCAUUGACUAACUAUACUUUGUAAACUUUCUAAAAUUUUGUAUCUUUCCCUUGCAUAUAUAGCCAAGGUCGAUUUUUUUUUUUUUGUACUUCUAAUCGACGUUUAGAAUAGUAUCAAUAUAUACAAUUGGUAGUGUAGAUUAUAUCGUUACUGAAUUUAAGUGGAUUUAGAUUUAUUUUCCACAGCGAAGAAGCUCCCCUUUGAACUGCUCCAAACGGGUGUAGUGUAUCAUAACCAAACACUAUCCCAUCUGAUUUAAAUAAGGACGUUCGUGUCUAUGUAACUUACUGCAUAAGAUUAUUUAUUUAGAUAUUUAUUUAUUUACAAGAUUAUUUAUGUAGAGAUAAAGCUGUGCCGCAGGUCCUCGAGGCGAACAGUUUGGCGUUUAGUUCAAGGAGCAAAAGCUGUUAAAAACACAUCUUGUUUCGUUCGUAGCUUUGACUAGAGGUCAGUUGACAUCUUUUACUGCUCCAGUGUUUGUUGUAACCCUCCGCCAAUGUACAUUUCUUCAUUCAGUUCUCUUGGAGGAGGAGUUUUUUGAGUGUAAGUAGCAUGUUUACAUGAAGAAACGGUGUGGAACAUUUGCCAGUAUAAUUGUCAGUCUCGGGUCGUCGUGAGCUAAAGAACUUUUUUUGCCGAUAUUAAUGGAGGCUGUGGGGCAGGUCGGUGGGGCGUGAGGUUGUAACAGUAGUCUAACUCUAGUCUACUCACUAAACCACCAUGUGGGACCACAAUUACACAUCACACACACACAAACACACAGAUAUCCAUAGGUCAUCCUCUCACGUCCCUCUCCCACGCUGUGUGAGAAUGCACACUCAUGCAUACCACAGACUCGGAUAUAUAUAUCACACACACACACACACACACACACACAAACAGGUCUGCUGAACUCGUGUGUAAUCUAUGACCGGUUGAAGAAUGAUCGGCACCAGUGGGUACAGGAUGCAUCGGAUUAUGUGCUGAGCGUUGUCCCAGAAGGUGUGACCCAGGUGUGGCUCAGCGCCCCAAAAAACAGAACUGUCUACAAUGUCCGGACAAUGUUCCACGUUUCCAUGAACUUCUGUACUAAACUGUCUGGUUUCGGCCUUUGCUGUUCUGUAGCUAGAUGUGAUGCCUCCCCAUCCGGCCUCUCCUCCUCAACCCAGCCCUGCCCGGUGUGUGUCUGUGUUUGCUUCCCUUCUGUGUUCCUCCCCCAGAUGCAUGAUGAAUCCCUGUGUACGUGUGUUAGCAGCAUGGUCUUACUGUGAUGGACACCUUGUAGGCAUAUUUUACCUGUGGGGUAAUUCCCCCCCACACAGUUUGAAUCCCAAAUACCAGAGGCUCUUUGUGAAAUAAAAUGAGCCAGUAGCACACACACAAGACACAACCACAACUCGGUACAGACAAAACUGAAGAGAUGCACACACACACCACACACACACACACACACACAGAGACGGCAUCUAGGGAUUCAGUGUCUACUGCUCAUUUGUUUAGUUACCUUUUUAGAAGCUGUGAAAAGAGAGCGUUCUCUGUUGCGUCAAGACUACGGCUGCAACGAGCAACAUCCCAGGUCAUCUUUUUUUGUUUGUUGGUGUACGAUAUUUCUGUGUCUGUGUUAGUGUCCCCCUUCUUCUUCUCUUGUUCUCCCAUUCGCUCCCUCCCAGGUCUUGCUCUUCAAUGUGUCUCUCUGUGAAGUUUUUUCCUGUGAUGAUGAAAAUGUCUCUCUCUGCCUGAACCUUUGUAGGGAAAUUAUGACUGAGUUACUACAAUAUCAUGUGAUAGACAUAGACAUUUAUUCAAUACUGUAAUAAAUUAUUAACUGAAGAUGAUAUUUAAGUUUUUUUUUAUGAAAUGCAGAAAAAGAUUCUUUGAAAAAAAAAAAAAAUGACAACUUGUUUUUGAGAACAUGGCAUGAGGUGUAAUGUGUUACCGAAAGAAAAUGAAGGUCUUUAAUUACGUGAAAUUGACCUUAUUUGAAUAUAGUUUAUUUAUUUUCAAGGCG